CGCGGGGCGAGGGCAGCGCAGGCGCAGGGCGGUGAGGCCGGAGGGGCCGGGGCGGCACGUGCCGCGGGGGGCGGCUGCGGAGGCGGCGGCGGCCGCUGCUGAGAGUUGAGCUUCUGUGGGAAGGAAGAGGCUCCUGACCAGUCGCCAACAUGGUAGUUUUCACAUGCAAUGCAUGUGGGGAAGCUGUGAAGAAAGCACAGGUUGAAAAGCAUGUGAACAUCUGCAGAAACUGCCAGUGUCUGUCUUGCAUGGAUUGUGGCAAGGAUUUCUGGGGUGAUGACUAUAAGGAACAUGUCAAGUGUGUAAGUGAAGACCAGAAAUAUGGCGGGAAAGGCUUUGAAGCCAAAGCUAGCAAAGGAGAUGCUAAACAGCAGGAGUGGAUUCAGAAAAUUCAUGAGGUAAUGAAGAAGCCAAACAUAAGCCCCAAAGUGCGGAACAUUCUGGAGCAAAUACGUGCCUUUGAUAACAUUCCAAGAAAAAAAGUAAAGUUUCAGAAUUGGAUCAAGAACAGUUUGAGAAUUAAUGACAGCAAUUUGCAAGAUCAGGUGUGGGGUGUUUUCUCAGAAGCAACCAGAAACAUUUCAAAUGAAAAAGAACAAGACAAACCACAACAGAAGGAAGAGGAGCAGCCUGCAGAAACUGGGGAAAAUACAAAGGCAGAAGAAAAUGGAAUUACAGAUGGAAAAACUGAGAAAAAAAAGAGCAAGAGGGAACGAAAAGAAGAGAGACAAAAGAACAAAAAGAAGGAGAAAAAAGAUCUGAAACUGGAAAACCAGGAAGAAGUAAAAAAGAGUAAAAAGUCCAAAAAAGGAAAAGAGAGUGUGGAGGAUGGAUUUGAAAUAAAUGGAAAUGGCAAUCACAGUGAAACAGAAGAGGAAACAAAUGUAAAGAAACGCAAACAUAAACAUGUAGAAGAGGAACCUCAUACCAAACCAAAGAGAAUGAAAACUGAAAGCAUUUCAGAAGACAUGGAAACAGAAAAUGUCAAUGACAAUGAAGAAAAUGUGGGAACAGAUAAAGGUAAAUUCAACUGGAAGGGAACCAUCAAAGCAGUUCUGAAACAGGCUCCAGAUAAUGAAAUUUCAAUUAAGAAACUAAGAAAAAAGGUGAUAGCUCAAUAUUAUGCAGUAGCUGGUGAACGUCACAAAACAGAAGAGGACAUCCUGGCCAUAUUCAAUAAGAAAGUGAAUAACAAUCCUAAAUUUAGAGUUCUAAAGGACAAAGUGAAACUUGUCAAAUAAACAGUUUGCAUACUUUUCA